GUCUUAAGGGAUGUAUUCAUUGGUGACAAUCCAUUGUUUACCAUCUGUUUCGGUGAUUGUCGCUCAAUGAAUGCAUUGUCACAGCCGUUGGAUCCGAUGAUUACGUGACCGCUAUAUCAUUGAAUAAGUGAUUGAUAUUUCUUGUGUCAAACAAACAAUGGCUAAACAGUUGAUUGGAUCCGCUCAAGACGUUUGCGCCGAUUGUGGUGCCAAUGAACCGAAUUGGGUUUCACUGAACAGAGGAGUUCUCGUAUGCGAUGACUGCUGUCUUAUUCACCGAAGUUUAGGCCGCCAUAUAUCGCAAGUGAAGUCCAUCGCGAAGAGUGUCUGGCGGUCGACACAAAUCCAAAUGAUAGCUGAACUGCAAAGGAGUGGUUCCAACUCGAUAUGGGAGCACACAUUACUGGAUCCGUUGACUGGAAAGACCGCCAUUCGUCGCAAACCGUCGGCCAAAGACCCGAUUCAUCCAAACAAAUCGGAGUUCAUUCGCUCGAAGUAUCAAAACUUAUCGUUCAUUAAUCGGUCCACAAAUAAAGAGGAGUCGGAAACAGAUAUCAGCGAACAGUUGCACUCAAGUGUCCGAACGCCGAACCUUAAGACAAGUCUUCGUCUAUUGGCCUCCGGAGCCGAUCUGUUAGUCAUUAAGUUUUUUGUGUGA